AAAAGCACAAAAUUUCUGUAGAAGAAACUGGUAUAACUGAAAUUUAUUGUUGUAUGUAAGGGCUUUCUGGUCAGAAAAAAAAAAUAUUUGAAACCCAGUGGCCGUUUGAAACCCCCGAAGAAACCUCGAAACAAUCUUCAAUGCAACGAAUUCAACAUUUCCAAACACGGCCUAAAGAAACAGAGACUCAAAGGGGAUUUUGUUGCUCCGCCGGCGGGGGUUGUUUCCGGCGAAAGAAAUUACCGGAGGAGAUAAUGACGGAGGCAGAGAGAAACAGGGAGCAUCAGUUGUGUUUGUUGGAUUUCUUGUUAGCGGCUUUGAGGAAAUCUAUGGUGUACUGUCGUUUUGAUGGAAAAGAGGAGGUGAAAUCUACAGUUCAUGCUAUGGAAAUUGGAUGGCCUACGAAUGUUCAGCAUCUUACUCAUGUUACCUUCGAUCGGUUUCAUGGGUUUUUGGGUCUUCCUGUUGAGUUUGAAGUUGAAAUCCCUUGUAAAGCACCCAGUGCCAGUGUCAGUGUUUUUGGUAUCUCCCCAGAGUCAAUGCAGUGUUCUUAUGAUACAAGAGGCAACAGUGUCCCGACUAUUCUCUUGUUAAUGCAGGAACGUUUAUACUCACAAGAUGGUCUAAAGGCUGAAGGAAUUUUCCGAAUAAACCCAGAGAAUAGCCAUGAAGAGCAUGUAAGGGACCAGCUCAACAGAGGCAUUGUGCCUGACGACAUUAAUGUCCAUUGUUUGGCUGGACUCAUCAAAGCUUGGUUCCGGGAACUUCCAUCAGGUGUGCUUGAUGGGCUUUCACCUGAACAGGUAAUGCAAUGCAACACCGAGGAGGAAUUUAUUGAGCUUGUGAAUCAGCUUAAGCCAACUGAGACCGCAUUGCUCAAGUGGGCAAUUGAUCUUAUGGCUGACGUUGUUGAGAAAGAGGAAACAAACAAGAUGAAUGCCAGAAACAUAGCUAUGGUUUUUGCCCCAAAUAUGACACAGAUGUCUGAUCCAUUGACAGCACUCAUGCAUGCUGUUCAAGUGAUGAACUUACUGAAGACCUUGAUUGUGAAAACACUAAGAGAACGUGGAGAGACAGAAGGCGGAGGAUAUUCACCCAUGUCAUCUAGUUUUUCUGAUAGACAAACUGAGAAGGAUUUUGACACCCAACAAGAGAUGGAGAAUAGAUGUGAAUCACCAGGGCCAUCAUCAGAUGAUGAUGAACAGCCUCAUUAUAGUUACAACAGUGAAGAUAGAGAUGAAAUCGAGUCAUUGAGUGAGAUAGAAGGAAGCUUCUUACGACAAGUGGAUGAGAACGAUCAUGCAAAAAAUGACUUCCGGAAACAACUACAAGGAAUUUUGUGUAGCGAACACAAUGCCUCCACCAUUAGUGGAGAUCCUUCUUCAUCAACUUAAUAAUCAAAACAGGAGUUCAGGCUUGAGCACUAGCAAUAGCAAAAGACUCGAGAGCAACUUCUGUUUCUAUGGGGUUAAAGGUGCAAGCAGAUUAACUGGAGCAUGUAGAAGCACAAAUGAUGUCAAUAUGGUAAGUAUGAUGUGAACAUGGUAGAGUCUGCUGUUUUAUGAAGUUAGUUGGCUGUCUCAUCCAAACUGGUGCGAUUGAAUCUAUUCCGGUGAUGGUUCUUUUAGGAGUCCUGAAUUCUCUAUAUCAUCAGUGAAUGGUUGUGUUAUGUAAAAAGUUGCUAUGCUUAGUCUAGACACAGAAUGGUUUCCCUUUGUUUCAUCAGCAAAGGAUCUCUAACGAAAAGGCGACGAUUUCACAUAAAGAACAUAGUCUUUUGGUAACAAGAUUAUGGGUUGUUCUUUCAUUUUCCAUGAAUAAUGUUUCCUCUUAUUAAACAGUACUGACUUGUUUUAGAGAGUGGCCACACAUCAUUUAGGUCAACUAACUAAUAACCAGCUAAAAGCCUAAAACAGUGAAAGGUGAUUGUUCUAGUGGGAAUUAGAUGGAAGCAAAGUUCAUUUGUGCUCCAUUUCCAUUUUGCUCUUAAUCAUGAAUAAUGUGAAUUGUUUUUUUAAUUGUAACAGUAUUAUCUUUGUAUAUUCUACAUGGUGCGUUUUAGAUUCAACCACCAUUAAGUUUUUCCUA